AUGUCGCUCCCUGACUCGUACCGAGCCUGCGUCCUCGAGAAGCCAGGAGACGGCUGGGCCCUCCGCAGUGUCCCUCUUGAGCAUCCAAGCCAAGGAGAAAUAUUGGUCAAGGUCAUAUGCUGCGGUUUCUGUCUCACAGACUCCAGCACUCAGAAGGGGUCCCUGGGUCCAAUGGUCAAAUGGCCCACCGUUCCCGGCCACGAAUUCAUCGGCGACGUUGUCGAGGUCGGCCCCGGAGUGACAAAACAAUGCAACCAGGGCUUCUUCCAAGGCUGCAAAAACCAGCUCAUCAAUGGCGUAUCGAGGGCGGGCGGCUUCGCCGAAUACUGCAAUCUUCGGAGCGAGGCUGCCGUCAAGUUGCCAAAAGAUGUCGACCCUAUUGAGGCCGCAUCCCUUCUCUGCGCCGGCCUGACCGUCUUCAACUCGAUACGCCACCAAAAUAUCACGCCUGGAGAGACAGUUGUCAUCCAGGGCAUAGGGGGACUGGGUCAUCUUGGGAUUCAGUAUGCUCGUAAGAUGGGUUUCCGGGUAAUCGCCGUCUCCACCAGCGACUCGAAAAAGGAGUUUGCCAUGGAGCUUGGGGCACACCACUAUAUCAACUCGAGCAAGAGUGACGUAACAGAGGAGAUCAAUAAUCUCGGCGGAGCCAAGUUGGUCGUGCUAACGGCUCCGAACCCCGAACUGAUGGGGCAGUAUACGGCCUGCCUGACAUGGCUGGGCAAACUCUUGGUCUUGGCGCCCGUCGGAGACAUCACCAUUAACUCGGCUCACCUUGUACACUCUUCGACGUCGGUGCAAGGCUGGCAUGCAGGUCACGCCCAGGAUUGCGAGGACACAAUCGAAUUCGCUCGCCUUCACAACAUUCGCUGCCUGGUGGAAACUUUCCCGCUGGACAAAAUCCAGGAAGCCGCCGAGCAUUUAAACCAAUCGAAAGCCCGCUUUCGGGUUGUGCUAACCAUGGAGUAA